GUGAAGUGAAGGUGACGUGGUCUCAUCCGGGAGAGGUUCCCCGUAGCGACACCGGCGAGGAUGAGUCGGCCGUGUCAUUAACGUGUGUGAGGCGAGUGUGUGUUAGUGGCGGGGACGAGCAACACACCGUCAUCACAAGUAAGUAUCCUGAGUGCCGCCAUCUCGAACUCGCCAAACGACCUUCCUCCAAGCACACUUGCCCCGUGAAGCCCCAGGUUUGUCUCCGCCUCCCCACCCCUGUAGUGCACCGUAGGGGGGAAGAGGAGAACGCUGAGCGUCCUCCUCGUCCCGAGAACUCAAUAUUCAGCUUACAAACAAGCUGCUGAACUCAAGAUUGCCUGCAGCACGUCCCGGGAGGCUGCGGUGGGGGAAGGGAUGUGGAUAUGAAGCACUUAGUGUUUCCCCGGCAUUGAACACGAUGCCUGGAAACGUAUUGUGCGCUAAGGGGGAGAGAAAUGCUUUGCGGCGACUGACUUGACUUAGAAGACUUCCUGCUUCGUUGUCUCCCAGAAACCGUGCGAGAGGGUGACAGUAUCCUGCUGCUCCCGCCGAGGAUGGGCGCCGAGAUUAUCGUCACCUUUGGGAAGCCCACGCGUUUUGAUGUGCAUUAGCUUGUGUGAUUGUGAGGUAUGGACGAAAUGUCGGACAAUCGGUGACUGUGUGGCGUGAGCGUGGUCAUGGUGCGCCUCUGCCCACACUGGGAGCCACAGCGCCGCCCCCCACAGUCUCGCCGAGCCUAGGGGCCGCCCACACUCACGCACCUGGAACUAUGGGUACAAAGCCGACCAUUGCCGGUGCAAUCAGAGACAUUUGGUUAAACAAAAAGAGAAAGGCCAACAGCUCUGCCCUGCACACGGCCGUCACCCUCCUGCCGCAGGAGGCGAGCCCGGGGGACGGCCACUAUGACGCCUUGGCGCCGCACCUCGACGCCAGCCAGUCUCACACCUUCGAGAGUGUCGUCGAUCCUCUGACCUGGAGCGGUGACCUCGAUGACCUCGGCGCUGAGUGCGUGUUGCCCAGCCUGGAGGUCAACAGUACCAUCCUGGCCGACGAGGAAGUGACCUUCCAGUGCAAUGACAUGCUGGACGUUGUGUCUCCCGGCGCGCCCUGCUGGAUCACCGCUCUCAGGGACUGCUUGCGGCCAGACAGGAUGCCGCUGGGAGACGCCAUUGGGCAGAACGCCACUCUUGCCACGGACACGGGCACCACCCGCGCCUGUGUCACGUGUUUACGGGAAAACACUACAAAUUUUUGGGUCCUGAGGUUCAACAUGAGUGAGAACAUGUUUUCUUCGAUGUUAUCGUACGGCAGUGAGCUCCUUUGUUCCCUGGGCUCGUGCUACUCGCCCCUCUGUGACGGGCUGGGGGCCCUGCCCACGGCCACCCAGCCUCCAGCCAACCCUUCGCCCAACACCUCGCUGCCCAUCCUCCCAGUGCCCUCCCUCCCCCCUUCCACCACAAUCCCGCCGCUCCAUAUCGCCCACUGCCGCCUGCCCGACCUAAUUCAAGUAGGCAGUCCUACGCCCUUCAAUCUCAGUCACGGCGACCCUUUCCUCAACACCACGGCGUCGGGCGUAGCUGGCGGCGGUGAGGGCUACGAGUACGACUUUUCCUUCCUGUUCCUGUUCCUGUUCAUCCUGGCGGGCGGCAUCGGCAACAUCCUCGUCUGCCUUGCGAUCUGCCUGGAGCGUCGCCUUCACAACGUCACCAACUACUUCCUGAUGUCCCUCGCUGUGGCUGACCUCCUCGUGUCCUUGGUGGUGAUGCCCUUCGGCGCCAUAGCGGGCUUCCUCGGGUACUGGCCGUUCGGGUUGGUGUGGUGCAACAUCUACGUGACGUGCGACGUGCUGGCGUGCACCUCGAGCAUCAUGCACAUGUGCACCAUCUCGCUGGGCCGCUACCUCGGCAUCCGCAACCCCCUCAAGACCAGGAGCAGCAGCAAGAAGACGGUGGGCGUGAAGGUGGUGCUGGUGUGGCUGCUGGCGAUGCUGGUCACCUCCAUGAUCACGGUCCUUGGCAUCAUCGACAGCACCAACAUCAUGCCGGCUGAUUACGUGUGCGCCAUCAACAACCAGACCUUCUUCAUCUUCGGCUCACUCUGCGCCUUCUACAUCCCCAUGGUGAUAAUGGUGAUCAGCUACGCCCUAACGGUGCACCUGCUGCGUAAAAAGGCUAAAUUCGCUUGCGACGCCCCGGCAGGCAAGGCGCGGACCAUGGGCAGGUACAGGUCAGUCCGUAGGAAACCACAGGCGCCGCCGCACUCCUUUACUUUCACGCCGCGACCUUCCUACCGCGGAACGUACGCCAACGGCCAUACGGCGCACUACGAGUUUUCCAACAUCCACAAGUGUGAGCAGGCCACGCAGACGCCGGAAUCCAUAGCGCGGGAGACCCGGAAUUUCAAGCUGAAAGCUCUUCGUCUACAGCUGGUGGGCACAACGUCCUGGCACUUGAGGUUCCUCCCAUCAAGGAAGAGGGAUGCGCUGGCCGCCAACGCCGUGGCCAAUGAGCAAAAGGCCUCCAAGGUCCUCGGUCUUGUGUUCUUCGCGUUCGUCAUAUGCUGGACGCCUUUCUUCACCCUCAACAUUUACUUCGCCGCUUGCCCCGAGUGCGAGGUGUCUGACCAUCUGGCCAACGUGUGCCUUUGGCUGGGCUAUGUUUCCUCCACUAUCAACCCCAUCAUCUACACCAUCUUCAAUCGCACCUUCAAGGCCGCCUUCAUCAAGAUCCUCAGAUGUGACUACAACUUCGACCACCGUCACGUGCGAUCCCACUCCAUGUCAGACAACAUGACGGGGGCAUACGCGGGUGGACCCACGCCCUCAGCAGUGGCCACACCCUGCUCCAUUCGCACCCUGUCAACCUACGUCAAGAGCCCCAGCUACCAGCACGCUCUCACCACCCCCAACCAGGAGGAAGAACAUGAGUGCUGACUGCCUAGCCCCCGCCGACCUCCCCGCGGACCUUCCACUCUCCCUCGUCCUAACCCCCGCUCUCACCCUCGUCCUCACCCUCACCCAACGCCCCUCAGCGAGACUAGAGUCUAGCGCACAAAGUAAGUGGGUCUGCGCCGUGAGUCGUGCAUAAGAUCCUCUCUCCGCCAGGGGACAAGUGCUACACGGCCCUUGGGAGACACAAACAGUGACACUGUUAUAACUUGAUCCCCGGAAGAGGUGGCGGCGUCUUGGCGGCUGAUCCUCGUGCAGGGUAAUACUCUUUGUGUUUAAAUGUCUUGUGCUGUCGUGCUACUUGAACAUACCUGUAAUUAACAAAUAUUAGGUGAGUGACUCAGUGAACCAGUGAUAUUAUGAUAAGCAAAACUUUUACCAGACUGAUACUUUCACGAUGAUCUCAGAGCACAGAGAGGGGUGAGGACGAAGACUUUGGCGCCUGUGUGUGUGUGUGUGUGUGUGUGUGUGUGUGUGUGUGUGUGUGUGUGUGUGUCACGACGCGGAGCCAAAAUAAGUCUUGCAAGAUAACUUUGUUGGAGGCGAUGAGGAUGUUACGUGGCGUCCCCGGAGCUGGGAGGAAGGUUCGUGAUUAAGUUAGUGACGGGAGGCGGGAGAGGCAGGCAGCGGGCGGCGGCUUCCCCUUCCUCAAAGCUCAAGGAGCAGCUCGGCUUAAGGAGACUCAGGAACUUCCCCACAGAGAGGGAACUCCUCGUCACCGUCACCCGCAGGAAGAAAUACACGAAGACACGGAUCGUUUCCACUCCGCUUGUCUUCUUGUCGCCGUUUUGAAGGAAUAUUUUGAUAAAUCCGAAAUUUGAAAGUUUCUCAUGGAGUUUUUACCAUGAGUGUGUGAAAUUACAAAUGAGCCACUGCCUCGUCAAUUUAUUCACGUCAGUUUAUCGUAAGGAUUUUUUAGCAACACGGUAAACAUUAUAUUCGUUGUUCCAUACUGCACUUAAAACUCUCAGAAGGCAGUGCUGAAGGUUUUCGCCUUUAUGUGAACGUAACGGAGAGACAGACAGACAGGCAGUGACGGAGAUGGACAGGGCCUGGCGGUGCAGUGAACGGGGCGUCGGGGCUCCUGGCGAACCAUAUCAUUCCACAUUGUUUACAAACCAUAUUUAGUCGUCCCUCCCGCGCCGGUUCCCGUGUUGGAUCUCAGGUUCCCCCCCCCAAAAAAAAAACCCUCCCCUCCCUGGUACACUCCAUGGAAAGCUGAGAUGUCGUGGGAGGAGAGGUGACAAGCAAUCCUCCCUAACCUCCUCCUUCAUGUGUCAUUACAAAAGUGACAUUUGGACGCAUCAUCGCCUCCUCCCCUCCCCUCCCUCUCCCUCCCCGCACACCCCAGUUUCCCCCACAGUUCCCCAUGAUAGGGACUUUUCCCCAACACUUUUGAAGAGCCACCAGCUGUGUGAAGUCAUAUACAGGUAACUUGUAUAUAUUGUAAAUUCAUCAAAAGAUACUCUAAUUCAUUGUGAGUAUAAGUGUAAAUGACUUCCUUUCUCCUCCUCCCACUAAGUAUAAAUCAGUCGUAGCUUAACCGAGGAAAAUUUUUAAUGUUAACAAUGGAAAUCAGUGUAAGCUAAUCUGAGGUUCCCUGAGUAUGUUGUUUGUUUGCGUGAGUGUUUUGUAACGUGCCGCGUGGAGGGUGUAGCGCGGCCGCCGUGGUUAGGGAAGCAACACACCACACACCUUAGUCCUUGUUUAUCACCUGUAUGACGUCAGUGCUACCGUGUACCUCUCUACUAGAUGACCCCAAGUUGUGAGUUCAUAGGAAAAAGUAAGAUCCUCCCAAAAAUUGUACUCGUGACAUUUUUCUUUUUCAUGGAUUCUUGAAACUUUCCUCCCCUUCUUUUUUCCUCCCCUCCCAGUAUCUCCCCUCCUCCCUUCCUCUUCUCCACUUCCUGCCAUCCACUCUUCCCGCUUCCUCCCUAUCAACUUCCAUUCCCCUCUUUUUCCUCCUAUUGUCCACUCCUCCUUCUCUUCCUCUUCUCUAUACUUUCUCCUCUCUAUUCUCUUUUUCCUCCUAUCGUCCUCUCCUUCCUCUCUUUCUCUUCCUUACUCUAUCCCUUUCCCGUUCUCUUCCCUUCUUUCCUUCCCCUCCUUCCUCUGCCUAACUUGCUUCUCUCUUUUCGCCAUCCUCUCCUUCCCCUCCCUCUACUUUCUCCCCUCUUCUCUCCCCUCCUCCCUUCCCUCCUCUCGCCAUCCACUCACCCAUUCACAUACCUAUUGCCUCAUUUCCCCUCUGGUUCCCUCUUCCCUAUCAUCCUUCUCUUCCCUCCCCUCUCUCUUCUGUCUCUCUUUUUCCCACCCCACCUCUCUUUUUUUAUUCUGCCGGAGACCUUCACUUUUAUUUAGAUUCUUCCUCUUGUGUUUACAGUUCGUAGUAUUUUAUUUUUUCUAACAAACGGCUAAUUUAUCCCUCCUUCAUUUGUUUUCGCCCAGAGGCUGUCUCUAUUUGCAUAUAUAUAUUCCCUUUAUUUUUCUUUUACACUCCAGAUCCUCUUUUGUUUCUUAGUUUAUUGCUGUGUUUUCGUGGCCUCCCCUUUCCUUUUUCUCCUUUCCUUUAUUCCAUCCCCGUUUUACGAGAUAAGGUAUGGCUAUGUCCGCCUUCAUUUUUGUUUUCUUCCUUCUCUCCAUUUUUAUUUUCUUAAUCUCCUUUGUUAUCGUCGUCUUCCACCUCCUCCUCCUCCUCCUCCUCCUCCUCGUCCUCCUCCUUCUUCUUCUCUUUCUCUUCCUCCUUCUCCUCCUUCUUUUGCUUUUUCUUCUGCUUCUUCUUCUUCUUUUUCUUCUUCUGUUUUUUUUCUUGUUGUUUUCUUCUUCUUCUCCUUCUUCUUUUUGUCUCCUUCUUCUUCUUCUUCUUCUUCUUCUUCUUCUUCUUCUUCUUCUUCUUUUGUUUCCUCUUCUGCUUCUUCUUCUUCUUCUUUUUCUUCUUCUUUUUUCUUCCUCCUCCUCCUCCUCAUCCUCAUCCACGAUUCUCGCGCUCUGUAACAAAAAUAAACAAUUCCCUUCUUCUCGUACAAGUUAAUUUAUGAAUGUGAAUCCUCGUACCUACGUAUUAUACAUAGAUCGAAGUCGGUAAUUUAUAUUCCUGUACAUACCAAUAUAUACUUAACGUUGUACAUACAUAUAUAUAUAUAUACACACACACAUGAAGAAGAAGUAUCAAGUAGUAUAUUAUAUAGUUGCGUACGUACAGAGCGGCAUUUCAACCUUCUCUUACCUGCCUCAGAAACGGGGGCCACUCGUGUAUGUAUGUAUGUAUGUACGUUUAUGUGUACGUUUUUUUCGGGGUGUGUAUGUAAGUUAGAUUUCGUUCCCGUGGAGGUAUGUUAUGUGUACGUAUUCUGUAGGUGUAGGUGUGUAUGUAUGUAUGUUUGUGUAUGAAAUAUGAUGGUACACAUGCUUUCCGAUCACUGCUUAUAUAUGGUUGUGUGUGUGUGUGUGUGUGUGUGUGUGUGUGUGUGUGUGUGUGUGUGUGUGAAACUUCCUUAACGUACGUACACAACUUCAGAAAAUUAGCCUUCUUUUAAUGACAUUUCUCCUCCUCCUCCUCCUCCUCCUCCUCCUCCUCCUCUUGCCUCUACGCCUCUUUUCUUCCUAGUCCUUUUACACUUUUCCGGCCAAUUCUCCUCCUCCUCCUCCUCCUCCUCCUCCUCCUCCUCCUCUUCCUGAAUAGACUCCUACGUUAAAAAGAAGGUAAUCUCGUUAUAUGCCCAAAGACCUUCUCCUUCCUUCUCCUUUGUUCCUUGUUCUCAUCAUUAUCACCAUCACUGUGUCCUUGUUUGUAUUCUUAGCGUUCUCAGAAUCCCCUCCUCUGUUCUCUCUUUUUCCCUCCAAGUUAUUUUCUUUUUUAUUUUUAGGUUGUCGUAUUUUUAAAAGAUGUCUUCAUUUUUCUCCUCUGCGUGCCCUUGUACAAAAACACUAAUCCAAUACGUGAUGAUGGUGGACUUGGCGAUGCAUGACUGUGUCAUUUCAUAAACUGUUGUGAUCGAUUUGAAUCCAUGAAAGUAUCCCCUCCAUAUCUGUCGCCUUGGGUUUGUAAGUUUCUCUUUUGUUGUUCUUUUUUAUUCACCUCUCACUUAUUUUUUUCCACAUCCUUUCUAUCUUUUUUCUUCUCGUCCUCGUCCUCCUCCUCAUCAUCAUCUUUCUCCUCCUCACCCUUACUCCUCUAAAGGGAGAAAGUAUGUAAGCUAAAUAACUGUGUCUAGAAGUGAAUGAAUGAAUGAAGAUACUUAUUUUUGUUAUGUAAUUCACACACCACCCCAUGUAUAAGCCGUGAUGGAUCGUCUUUGAACACACACACACACACACACACACACACACACACACACACACACUGUAACAGCUCACAACUCAUACACAAAAAAGAGUGUUAGGGUCUGUAUUACGGGAACUUGUAUAUGAUGAUAGGAUCGAAUUUAUUACCGUAGAGGAAGGGAAGGUUAAGGAUGACAGCGGGUGGAUGAGGGAUAUGGUUGGGAUUUUUGAGGUGGAUGUUAGUGGACCGUGGAUGUUACCUUGAUUCAUCCACUCACUCAUUAACCCACCCGUCCACCCAAGGAUUGUAUACUAUAAGGAUAGCUCACUGAAACGUCAUCGAUGAACUCAUGACUGCAGUAUGUCAUCUGGUUCACUCUCACCCUGCUCUCACGGUAUAAAAUGUACUAGAAAAUCCUUAUUUAUUCUUAUUCAUGGUCAGACUUUGCGCUUUUUUGAUUGCUAAGGAUAAGUAAUUAAAUUAGGCAGCUGUUGUGCUCGCUAAUAGUAUACAACAAUAUAAAUAAUGUGAGAAACGUGGUAAACAAGCUGCAGAAAUAUUGUUCUGUCUACCAUCGAUGCUUAUGUUUUCUUAAUUUUUAUUAACAUUAGUUUUCUAUAACUUAAUUUUUAUGGGUAACUAAUCCAGUCAUAUAAUGAGUAAUUUUUUUUUUAUACAUACAUAUAUAUUGUAUAAUAUUUACACAAAUUUUAAACUAAAUGAAUUUACCUUUACCAAACUUUCACUAUAGAGCUUUAUUGGCUUUUCUUUAAUGUUAUCACUUUCUUGGAAAAUGUUUGCACCUCACCCGCGCAGACUUCACCUUCACUUUAUCUUUUCGUUUGCAGGCUAAAAUCCACUUCUUCAAGGUGUGUUUGUCUCUAGGAAACCUAAUGAACUUAACACCUUGACGACUUUCCUCAGCUGAGCCACUGUAACACCCAUAUACACAACAAAUCACCAUUUUCACUGAGCACGCUACGGUGAGAACAUUGUGAAGCGAACCAGUUUGCCGCCGAGCACCAUUUGUUUACAUGUGUGACGUCAUCCGCGGUGCAUUGUGGGUAAAACAAAAGCUUAGUGAGCUAUCCUUAUAGUAUAUAAUCCUUGCGUCCAUCUACUCACCCACCUAAUCGCUCACCCACCUUCUCAUCCACACCACGCCCGCACCUUGCCACUGCCUACUUCGCCUCCUCCAAUCCUCCACUUUCUCCCGUCUGACCAAGAAACAGGAAUCAUUGUUUCUCCCCGACACUCACACAAAGGUUGUAGUCUGUGGUUACCUUUUCAUGGCCAAUGCAAUCAUGUACAUAGUGUCCUCUCUCGCCUCCUUCCCUUCUGCCCAUCGCU